AUUAUAAGCACUUGGUAGAAUACGGUUUUCCUUAAGGAACCUAUGCAAGGAUUGUGAAUGUAUUCUUUGUUUCAUUGAUCCUUGCUUUUAGCCUUGGAGAGAGAUCUUCAUUUUAAUCACUAUAAUUCUGUCAGGUCAAGGCUUAUAUUGAAAUCCCAUGGUAGCAUAUAGAGUUUCAGCUAAGUGACAGAUUGAGGGUUGUGGAACAUUCCAGGACUACAGGUGUAGCUACAUGUGAUUCACCUCAAGUGACACAAUAGGAAGGAGAGACCAGGGAAGGGGGGUGAAGAGAGAAGAGUGCCUGUGCUGCUAUAAUGCUUUUGCAUUCUCUUUGGAAAAGCAUGAUAUUCCAGAGAUAUUGUCAUUGCAUGUUUGAAGAGAUUACUUUAUCUGUUACAUUAAUUAAUGUUUUUGUCACAUUAUCUACCUGGAUGGGACAAGUUCCAGACUAUUUCUGCUGAAGCGUGAGGGCGAGAAGGAAUCCAUGUUGCUGAAAAAAUUCCUCUUGAAGUAAAAUUUGAUGCUACCUGCUGCUUCAUUGCAGAACAUAAUGUGACUCAUGAAAUCCAGUGGUAUUCAAGUAUUGUUGCUUGUCUGUCUCAUUUCAAACCUAUUUUUAGGCUGGCAAAGCCUUGCGGAAUGUAGGAAAGAUCGCAACAACCAGCUGAUCCUAAUUCAUUCAGCUUUGACCAGUCCUAAGGCUGAAGUGAGGAGAUGCCCCAAUUACAGGACUCAGGUCUGAGUGUAGAGCGAGUCAGGAAAGGCAUUAAAAUGAAGAGAUCCAGUGGAAGACAAAGAAGUCGUACUGAUAGUGAUGUCUUCAAGCCUGGGGAUCCAGAAACUGAUACAGUUGGGAUCCUUCCUCCAGCUGUCAGGGCCCGUCUUCAUGACCUAUUUAUGCAGAUUGAAAAGGAAUUUGAAAGUUUGUAUGUGGAGAACUUGUCAUUGCAAGAGAAACUUGACUGGGCUGAGAAGGAAUGCAUGCCUAGUGAGAAAGUACUUCAGGCUGAGACCCCUGAUGCAGGACCUCUCAAAGCCAAAAACCAGGGUAGCCAGAAAAUCAAGCCAGCACAAAAGCUGCGAGUCCAGACAAGCAGAAUUGUGAGUAGCUUCAAGCCUUCUGGAGCAACAUGCACCCUUGUCCGUGAAUUCCUUGGACACAGAGAUGGAGUUUGGCAUGUGGCUGUAGCCAAGAGUCAACGUCUUGUAGCAUCUGCAUCUGCUGACCAGCGAGCCUUUGUGUGGGAAGUAGAAAGUGGGAAAUGUUUGGCACAAUAUCGUGGCCAUUCCGGGUCAGUGAACACAGUGCGCUUCCAUCCAACCCAGGAUAGUCUAGUCCUCACAUCUAGUGGUGAUGGCACUGCUCAUGUUUGGAGAGUCAAUCCUGACCAGCGGGGUCAGACAACAGGCUCUUCAGAGGAAGAGUUGGAAGGCAUGGAUGAACUGAGUGGUGCUGUUGGGGGUCCCAUAAUUGAUGAUGUGGGUGAUUCCACAUCCACACAACGCUAUUAUACUCCUCUCCUCACUCUUCGGGGUCAUUCUGGUGUGGUUAUUGCUGCUGACUGGCUUGUCUCACCUGAGCAGAUUGUCACUGCUUCCUGGGAUCGAACUGCAAAUGUGUAUGACAGCUCCACAGGAGAGUUCUUACUUGCACUCACAGGUCAUGAUUGUGAGUUGACACAUGUAUGUGGACAUCCAAGUCAACGCCUGGCCGUCACAUCCAGCAAGGACACCACCUUCAGACUCUGGGAUUUCAGGGACCCCAUUCACUCUGUUUCUGUCUUUCAAGGCCAUACUGAGUCAGUGACAUGUGCAGUUCUGACAGCUGAGGAUAAGGUGGUAUCAGGCUCAGAUGAUCGAUCAGUGAAGGUGUGGGACUUGCGGAACAUGCGUUCCCCUUUGGCAGCCAUCCACCUUGAUUCUCCUGUGAAUAUCCUGGAUGUGUCUUCCCAGGGUAUAAUUGCCAUUCCUCAUGACAAUCGACAUGUCCGUCUCUAUGAUAGCCUGGGCCAACGCAUUGCUCGGCUACCACGCAAUAGCCAGCAGGCUCAUCGACGCAUGGUGUGUGCAUGUGCUUGGGGAGAAGAUCGACCAGGCCUGAAAGCCAAUCUUUUCACGUGUGGAUUUGACCGGCGUGUCUGUGGCUGGAAGGUUGUGCAUUCACUGGAAGCAGAGGUGAGGAGUAACAGUGAGGAAUCUGUAAUCCUUGUGACAGAGCAUAAAGAAGGAAACAAGCUGGCCCUUCGCAUCCAUUCCCAGAGGGGCAAUACCACUUGCUUUUUUGACAGCACUUCCCACAUUGGACACGUCAUUCAUGGUGUGGACUGUCAGCGCUCAGGAAGUCUCCCCCUAGAAUGCAUUUGUCAAAGUAGUGGGUGCACCCCAUACAUUCCAACCAUGGCAAUAAUGGACUACUUGGGGGAACACAAGGAACAUACAGAAGUGAAUGAGAGUGUUGUUGGCCCAGCUGAUGUCGUGCAUCUGAAGCAUGAUUUCAAUGGGACCUCAAUUGAGGCUGUGUUCCUUGGCAAUGCCAACCACUCAUCCUUCACCCUCCAGUUUAUCAGGGUUGCCACUCAAGGUGAAAAGUUUGGCCUACCAAGUGGAGAGCUAAAACUUGAGUAUCGAAUCCUGGGCUGGGAUACAGAAGAAGAUGAGGAUGCAGAUGCAUUUCGUCCCCCACCAGGAGUCUACUGCCCUCCAAUCAAUUCCAGCCUCCGACCCAUGCCCUCCCUUUCUGAUCAGUUCUCCCUCGACGCUGAGGCUGAAAGUCACCUGAUCAGCUAUGAGACACUACAUGUUGACUCUGUGGAGAAGCUUUUGUCCUACACCUAUCGCCCACACCUCCACUAUGCUUCAGACUUCCUCUAUCAUUUAAAUCUCUUUCUCCCUAACCAAAAGGGAUCAGAAGCGUUUCGAAUCGUCCAUGACUUCAAGUCUGGGAUUCAAUAUCGGAUCAACCAGGCAUCAGGAAACUGCAGCAUUGAGCCAAUUCCUGCAGUGGCAACAGAUGCUGUCCCACUUUCUAAUCACCACAGUCACAUCAAACAUGCCAACGACCUCCUGUUCAUGCCCCUUGGCAAUGACUACGUCUACAGUGGAACAAGACGAGUGAGAGGAGUCCUCUGCGAUGUUUGGAUUGGGAAGAGGCCAGUGAAUCGGGAUUUUCACUCCACAGUUGAGAUCAUCUUCUCCCAUCGCAACUGGACCAUUGAGGUUGAGGUCCUCAACCAGGAGAGGCAGAUCCCCAUGGCUGUCAUCACAUAUGCCACCAAAAAUAGGAGUGAGGAUCGCUUCCCAAAGGUAGCUCGUACUUACUUCUAUAGUUACAGUGUAGGUCAUUCUAAGUGGGAGCACUUUGAGAUUGCUUCGUGUCUCAAGCGCAACAACCGUCUCUUUCUUGGCCUCACCCUUCAAGUGAGUUAUGAUUACCUGCUGCAACACAACUUGGAUUCCAUCCACGACUCCAUCCGCAGAGAGAUUGCUGGCCUGGCAGCUGUCUCACCCCUUCGGAUUACAGAUCUCUCUCUAAGCUCAGGAGUGAAACCUGAGGAGUUGGAGGUGUAUUUUGUGCUGCUGGAGAGGGCAAACUUGACAUCUGGAAGUUUAAAUGAUGGGAAGAUGCCUGUGAGCAUGUCAGAUGCAUACAUGUUCCUUUCAAACAGCACUGGGAAGGAUAUACCUGUCCACUUGCGACUCAAACUCUAUCCUGAUAAGAUCCAAGUGGUGACAGUGAAGGAGAAGUCAUUGCAUAGAUUGUCUGAAUCUUUUCAUCCUAAUGGUAGGAGACAGAAGAUCCAACUUGCUCAUGCUGGUUACACAGCAGGGUCUAUGGCAGGUCUGGGAUUCUCAAUGGCAAUACUUGGAGUGGGCCUUGGAAUGUUCAUAGGUUUCCUCAUGUGGAAGAAGAAUCAGUCAUCCCUCAGCUACCUUAUUGCUGAUUGAGUCCCUUGUAUCAUUUUAUGUCUUCAGGAAAAUUCUUCCUUCAUUGUCAUGCUCAAAUGCUUGUCGAAUUCAGAGCACGAGGUGCCCACUUUAGUUAGUGUGUAUGAACACGAGUAAAGGACUCGUGAAC